AUGGUCGGUACGCGCACCUCACAACCCAACGUCGACCUCCAGAACCUCGGCCUCGUGCAACAUGCGUCGAAAGAGGUGCGCAUGCUGAACGUCGACGGUACCAACGUCAUGCUCGGCGAGGCUCCCAAAGCCCACAUGGGUCGAACUUACAACUGGCGCGGCGCCGUCUACCUGAUUGCGCAUAACACCCCACGAGAAUGGAUCAAUGCGCACCCACAGCGACAGCGGCGGAAAGGCAAGCACGAGAGCGACGAUCUGGGACCUUUGAAGAGGAAGCGCAAGAGCACCGGUGAACUCGAUGGCAGGCCGCCCGCGCAGGACGCGGACGCUGCGGACGAGGUCAUCGAGGUCACUGAUGCUGAGGGCCGAGAGCGAGCAAAGAAGCGUGUCCGUAAGAGCAUGCCCAACAUGAACGUGCGCUCGGAGCGCAGAAAGUCCACGAACACGACCAAGCCAGCAACUACCCCGAAACUAUCAUCUACCACCAAAGCGACCGCCUCCACACCACAGCGGAACCGAAGACAGUCGGAGGGCGAGCGAGCUCAGUCAAGUCAGACGCAAUCACACACUCGUGAUGAGACCCCGCCCCUCCAGCAGCGGGAUGGCGGAGACAGCAUUGCGCGACCAGAACCCGAAGACGAUCUCGACCCGCCCCUCGACUUUGAGAAAGACAUGGCUGGAGUCAAAGAAGCAAGAGAGAUGGCGAUUCGUGCUGGAUACGAGCAGCACAUGCUGGCGGAGGAGGAGGUCCUUCCACGAGAAGCGCAGGAGCCGAAGAAUGGGACUGUAGGAUACCAGGUCUUGCUCCUCGUCGUUGAGCUAGCCAAGACGAAUAGACGCAUUGACAGACUGGGAAAGAUUUACGAGAAGAUGAGGAACAGCGGUGCCUACAGUGGCAUCAUGAAGAAGCGCAAGGCGAAGCGGAUCAUCAGACAGAGCGUUGAGGGACGACUUACGCCACCUUCCGAAGAAGGGGAGGCGCAGGGCGACGAAGAGACUUCAGCGGCAAACUUUCCUGUGGAUAAUGGCGUGGACGAGCUGUCUGCAGACUUUAUGGAUCAAGUUCAACAGUAUAGUCGACAGGGCGAAUUGGAGGAGCAAGAUCGCAACAUCCUGGAGCUGCUGAAGCGCCAACUACAGAACACCACCGAGGAGCAGGAUGAGGAGGCUGCGGAGGAUGAAGAGCAGGAAUUGUCACAAGAUCAAGGUACUCAAGGAUUUGAAGCAGCACACGCGGAGGAUCGCGAGCCACCGCCAGUUGCUGAGCAGGGCCAGGAACCGGAACCGGAUACCGCCACCGACUCCUCUGGUUCCUACAAGCGCUGGGGAUACGAAUCCACCACCACCCCAGGCGCCCUCGACUCUCCCAACGCGCAGGCCUCCGCUUCUUCUCACACUACACCAUCAGUCCAGGCAGAAGGUCAAGAGCAGGAAGACGAGGAUGAGACAUCAUACGGAAACCGACAGACCAAAUCGCCCCAAGUGCAGAUCAUCUCGUCGAAGAAGCGCGCAAGCGCGCCCACGAUUCCGGCUCACGACCGUGGUGGCAAGCGUUUGCGCUGGUCUCUGGGUGCUGAAGGCUUCCACUACUCGAACAACGGCUCCAAGCCGAAGGUUCCCCUGGAAGAGCGACUGCGUGAUCCGGAGAGAGCGGAGCACAUGAUCUUCCGCGGCAGAAUGCAGGGCGAGAGCCAUCAGGCGCGGCGGAGGCGGAUCAAGCGCGAGAUGAACAUCUUGAAGAGCAUGCCAGUGGUGGACGAGGCCGAAGCGAGACGAUGA